AUGUUAGAGAAGCUCAUAGCAGAAGAAGCCAUAACCCCAAAUGGUUUCACUCACAUCAACAGUCUUCCACCACCUUCCUCCAAUCCUCCCACCAUCAAGAAAAAGAGAAACCUCCCUGGAACCCCAGAUCCUGAAGCAGAAGUUAUCGCGUUGUCGCCCAAGACACUAAUGGCAACAAACAGAUUUUUGUGUGAGAUUUGUGGGAAAGGGUUUCAAAGAGAUCAAAACCUUCAGCUUCAUCGACGAGGUCAUAACCUGCCAUGGAAGCUAAAGCAAAGAACAACCAAAGAAGUGCGAAAGCGGGUUUAUGUUUGCCCAGAGAAGUCUUGUGUCCAUAACCACCCUUCGAGGGCACUUGGAGACUUGACUGGUAUCAAGAAGCAUUUCUGCAGAAAGCAUGGGGAGAAGAAGUGGAAGUGCGCCAAGUGCUCCAAGUGUUAUGCAGUUCAGUCUGACUGGAAGGCUCAUUCUAAAACCUGUGGGACAAGAGAGUAUAAGUGUGAUUGCGGGACAAUAUUCUCAAGGAGAGACAGCUUCAUCACUCAUAGGGCUUUCUGUGAUGCCUUGGCAGAGGAGACUGCAAGGGUUACUGCAGCAUCUCACUUCAACAAUGUAACACCAGCAGCAGUAGGAAACGUAAACUACCAUUUUGUGGGACCUCCGGUUCUGGCUGGUCCAACCAUGGCGCAACAUUUCUCUUCCAUCUUCAAGCCCAUAUCAGCCAACCGGCCCGAAAACCAUCUUGACUCUACUCGACAAGGUGCACUUUCACUCUGGACCAGUACUGAUAACAAUAACGAUAAUAAUGAUCACGAUAAUCUCCAAGACAUGCAUCAAUUGGACCCUGUUUUAUAUGCUGAUCCGCAUCAAAACCAUCCUCCACCUUCCCACUAUCAAUCAAAUUGGGGUGUGUUUGGAGUGAAAACCACUUCUGAUCAUGAGGUUAAUGUGAGUGCUCCUUCUUUGUUCAGCACUCAAAACGAGUCACACCAAACACACCCAACGUCGAGCAUGUCUGCGACUGCUUUGUUGCAAAAAGCCGCACAAAUGGGGUCAACCUCCUCCGCUACAACCAACCAUUCUUCGUUCCUUGGAAGCUUUGGAUUGAAGGCCAACAGUAACAUCACCACUGCUACUGCUACUCUAGUUCAAAAUGAGAACAAGUUUUGUGGGUUGUAUGGUGCAAAUCCCAUGAUGAAUGGUGUUCUUGGAAAUGAUCUGGAGAAUGAAUUUUCCAGUUUGGAGCAGCUGCAGAUGUACCCACCCUCUAAAAGAAGGCACAUUCAGAUUGAUCAAGAACAUCAUAGUGGCAACAAUGGAGGGCAAACUAGGGAUUUCCUUGGUGUGGGCAUUCAACCCAUCUGCCACCCUAGGAUGAGAUUCGAUCAUGUGUAAAGGGUUGCAUGAGAGAGAGAGAGAACAAAAAGUGGUGGAAAGAAGGCUGGUAAAGAUGAAGAGAGACGAUCCAUGCAUAUUCAGAUGCUGAGGACUUUUGAAGAAAAUUGUGGUGGCUUUUUAAUUUGAGAAAAAGGAGGGUAUGUUG